AUGAAGAAGUCUGAAGUUGUAAUUAAACAACUAUUACAGGUGCUAAUGAAGGGCCUAAAUGUCGAUGAAAUUGAUGAGGCAAAAGAAUCAUUACUAAUGGGUUCAAUGAGGACUAACCUUAACUACUAUCCUAAAUGUCCAAACCCUAAACUAUCUGUCGGAGUAGGUCGUCACUCUGAUGUCUCAACUCUUACAAUUCUUCUGCAAGAUGAGAUUGGGGGACUUUUUGUAAGAGGAAACGAGGGAGAUGAUUGGAUUCAUGUUCCUCCAAUUAAAGGUUCUCUUGUGAUCAAUGUUGGAGAUGCACUACAAAUAAUGAGCAAUGGAAGGUAUAGGAGUGUUGAACAUCGUGUGGUCGCUAAUGGAAGUAAUAACAGAAUUUCAGUCCCCAUUUUUGUGAAUCCAAGACCUACUGAUAUGAUAGGACCAUUACCUGAAUUGGUCGCAAAUGGUGAGAAACCAAUUUACAAACAAGUUCUUUAUUCAGAUUACGUCAAACAUUUCUUUCGUAAAGCACACGAUGGGAAGAAAACAGUUGAAUUUGCUGAAUUAUAAACUUAAUAUAUUUUUCUUCCUUCAUCAAAUGUAAUAAGGUUAAUAACAAAUAGUUGAUAAAUACAAUGUGUAUUCAUAA